GAAAGGUCGAGCAGCGGCAGCGCAGAACCACAACAAGAGCGGCUUUCGGGCUUUGUUUAGUGGAUGUGAAUGAGCUCCGUCACCUCCUCCAGAAAUGUGGUCGGAUAUAAGGACCAUGUUACUUUUUCAUUUGUUCGUCCUCAGGCUCUCUUACCUGAAAGCUACUGAUGAGUGUGAGGAUGGACAAUUUCAGUGCAACAACAAAAGGUGUAUACCGAGCAUCUGGAGGUGCGACGACGAUGACGACUGCUCAGACAACAGCGACGAAGAAAACUGCCCCAGGAAAACAUGUGCCCCUGCAGAGUUUGCCUGCUUAAAUGGACAGUGUGUACCGGGACGGUGGCGCUGCGACGGGGAACCAGAGUGUCCAGAUGGCUCCGAUGAAGCAGAGGAGACAUGCAGCAAACAGACGUGCCCUCCAGAGAAAUUUGACUGUGGGGGAUCCACCAACAAGUGUGUCUCGUUGUCAUGGAGAUGUGACGGGGAGAAAGAUUGCGAGAACGGAGCGGACGAGGAGGACUGUGCAUCUGAUGCCAAAGCGUGCCCGAGCGCAGAGUUCAUGUGUGCCAACCGUAAAUGCCUGGCCACGGUCUACGUGUGUGAUGGUGAUGACGACUGCGGAGACGGCAGCGAUGAGCUCAAGUGUUCUUCUCCACAGACCUGUGGGCCCAACCAUUUCCGCUGUAAUGCCUCGGAGUGUGUACCAUUAAUGUGGAGCUGUGACGGAGACCCUGACUGCUCUGACGGUUCGGACGAAAGCCCAGAACGCUGCGGUGGUGAUGGCGCCCCCUACCUGCCUAACCGCAGAGCCAACUGCACUGCUGGCGAGUUCCGCUGUGCUAAUGGGGAGUGUAUUCGCCUGACAUGGAAGUGCGAUGGCGACCCAGACUGCAAGGACAAAUCUGAUGAGUCUGACUGUCCUCUGCUGACAUGUCGUCCUGAUGAGUUUCAGUGCGGUGAUGGUUCGUGCAUUCACGGCACCAAGCAGUGUAACAAGGUCCAUGACUGUCCUGACCACAGUGAUGAGUCUGGCUGUGUCAACGCCACAAAAUGUGAAGGACCUCUGAAGUUUCAGUGCAAAAAUGGGGAAUGUAUUGACAACUCUAAGGUGUGUGACUCUGUCAAAGACUGCAAGGACCGCUCUGACGAGCCUAAGAAAGAGUGCGGGUUGAACGAGUGUAUGAUCAAUAACGGCGGCUGCUCCCAUGUCUGCAUGGACAGACCAAUUGGUUUUGAGUGCCAGUGUCCCACCGGAUACCAGCUGCUGGACAAGAAGACUUGUGGAGACAUCAAUGAAUGUGAGAACCCUGACGCUUGUAGCCAGAUAUGUAUCAACUACAAAGGAGAUUUUAAGUGUGAGUGCUAUGAAGGAUAUGAGAUGGACCUGGUCACUAAGACUUGCAAGGCUGAAGGGAAAAGCCCAUAUUUACUGUUCACUAACCGCCAUGAGAUCCGGCGCAUCGACUUGGUGAAGAGGGACUACAGCCAGGUUGUAUCUACACAGAAGAAUGCAGUGGCUCUAGACCUGGAUGUGGCUAACAACCGUGUCUUCUGGUGUGACCGAUUCCACAGGAAAAUCUACAGCGCCUUCAUCCAUGAGGCCAGUGACCCCUCCCAGCAGGUUCCACUGGUGGAUUCUUCCCUGCAGACCCCUGUGGGCCUGGCUCUGGACUGGCUCCAACACAACCUGUACUGGACCGACUCAGGAGACAAGUCCAUCUCUGUGUCCUCAGUGGAUGGCACCAAGAGGCGCGUCCUCAUCAGCUCUGACCUGAGUGAGCCCCGGGCUAUAGCUCUAGAUCCCCAUCAUGGCUUCAUGUACUGGUCAGACUGGGGCACACGAGCCAAGAUAGAGAAAGCUGGGAUGAAUGGAGUGGAUCGACAGGUUCUGGUGUCUGAAAAUAUUGAAUGGCCCAAUGGCAUUACUCUGGAUGUAGCCAACAGGCGCCUCUACUGGGUGGACUCCAAAUUGCAUCUCAUAGCGAGUGUAGACCUGAACGGAGCUCACCGCAGAACACACAUGUCAUCUGCGGAAAGACUGGGACACCCCUAUGCUCUGGCUGUAUUUGAGGACCGGAUCUACUGGACCGACAGAGACAAGGCAGCAGUUUUUAUGGCCAAUAGGUUAACUGGUCAGGACAUCCAAGCUCUGGCUGAAAACCUGAAUGACCCCCAUGACGUUGUGGUCUUCCACCAGCUCCGACAGCCACCAGGUCCUGACAGCUGUAAUAUGGGCAGUGUGGCCAAUGGGGGUUGCGAGUAUUUAUGUCUUAAAGCACCACAGAUCACCGAACACUCUCCUAAAUAUACCUGCGCCUGCCCAGAUGGACAGGACCUGGGGCCUGAUAUGAGGGGCUGUGUACCAGCAGCACCAAGAGAUGAGUUGACUGUGAGAUCACCACCUACCGGCAGACUUACACCCAACACCAGAGAGACUGCUGCUGAGGGCAUCGCUCCGUCCUCAGGGGGAGUCUCACUGGCAGAUGAUGUCCCCUAUCUGACCGCUGCUCCAUCUCCUCCUGAGUUUCUCACCCCACUCAGUACCCUGCAGCCUCUGUCAUCACAAGAGUCAGAAUCACUGGGCUCCCACUCCACGGCCACAGCUAUGGUCAUGUCAACCACAUCUGCAGGGGACAGCAGUGUCUCCCAACACUCUGGUGGUGAGAAUUUUGUGCUGGGUGAGAACCUGACAGUGGCAGUUCUCGGAGUGGUCAUUCCUAUUGUUCCUAUCGUUGCCACAGUGGUGUUCGGCCUGGUCUGCGCUGGAUUCUACCUGGUGUGGCGGAACUGGCGGCACAACUCCACCAAGAGCAUGAACUUUGACAAUCCAGUCUACCGCAAAACCACCGGCGAGGGUGAGGAGGACGAGAUCCACAUCGGAAGGACCGACACCAUGGGACACCACGUGCACCACCACCCGUAUCCUCAAGGGGUCACCAUGGGUGUUGUAGGAGCAGGGGGUGGCACAUGCCCACAGUUCAUCGCCCUGCCUUUAGGGGGAGGCAUGCCAGAUGCAGGAACUCACUGGUACACGGAGCAGCCCAUGCUCUCCACUGCAAAGUGAGGCAAAGAACCAACUGCAGGUGCAGAUGGACACUCAAGCACACACACACACACAGUGAAGUAAGAAUAAACUUGGACUAUGUUUACUGAAGGGAUGAACAACAUAGCAUUGACUCAUUUAGCCAUAUACAGCCAUUUCCUUUAUCAAAUUUCAUAUAUAUGCUCUGACAUCUAUUAUUAGAUCAACAUAAUGUUUUAGGAGUGAAAUUCAUGGAUGUGUUUUUCUAAAUAAACGCUGGGAGGUAAUGACGAAUUAACCAGUGUGUGCUAAAGUGCUCCUGAAGCAAAAAAAUUAAGUUAAACUCACUGUUUUUAACUUUUCUAUUGAACACUGAGGGAGAUGUGUGUGUCUUAAAUUUCACAAAGGGAAUGGUUGAGCUUCUCUGUCGUCCUUGAUGUGUUAAUUUGAGAUUUAUGGUAUUCCUUGUUGGCAGUGGAGCUCUGGGACAGCUGCUGAAGAAAGAGGAGCUCUUAAACUGGGGCAGCUGUUUGUGUUGGUGAGACAAUCUGUGCAGAUGGGUGUUCCCAGUCCCAAAUGUUGUUACUGGACAAGUCUUGUGUUGUAAACAUUUUUGUGGAUAUAUUCUUCUGGUUCAGAGCCUUUUGGGGUGAGGUCACAAUGUAGUUGAACAAUGUUGGUUUCAAUUUUUUAUUUUAUUUAUUGAUGAGUGGAAAGAAAAAGUUGAGACUCACCAUGUUUGGUUCUAUAAGCAUAAAGGUGCUGAGGUUAGAUUGCUUCUUCUUUUUGUAGCUUGUUGGGAUGUUAAAUGGUCUGAGAAAAGCAAUGGACUGUAGAUAUCAGCCAGAUGAGGUGUUCUGUGGUUGAUAAAAAUCACUGAGUGUUAAUGAUUUCAUUUGACGACCCGCUUUUGACUGUGACAUAUGCACACACACAGAUCCACCUGCCGUGCAGUGGUGUCAGAUUCCCGCUGUUCCUCUGGCGAGGACAGGGACCAGAUGCAUUCGCCCUCUGCAAACACAAGCAGCAUGCAGAACUGCUCGCCAGCUGAAAAUGCAGCCAUUCAUUGUUCUAUGUGAGACACUCUCACCCACAUACUGCACAGUGGAUUCUGUGGCCAGCUGUCCUCCCACUGAGGCGGCCGUUAUUUGAGCAGACAGUUUGAGAUAACGCCGUGCAGGAGAGCCUAGCAGGUGCCUGCUGUGGGUGGAAGACAUGUCAUGUGAUGUAACCCCAAACAACAACAGAAAAUCUGACUCUGAUGCAAUGCGCUUGGCGCCGACUGAUGAUGCGGGUGAACAUGUUUCAUGCUGGUUUAGCCUCAUCACUGACACAGUUGACUUCAUUUAGAAACUUUAAAAUUCCCAGUGUGAUCUGUUGAAAUGCAUGUGUGCCAAUUGUUUAUCCCAUAGCCAUAUUUAAAACUGUUUUUGGAUGCUAUUUGUUGCACAUUCUCUUAGAAGGCCUUCUGUACUGUGUUUCUCAUGGAAGAAGGUGUGUGGGUGUGUGUGUGUGUGAGUGUGUGUGUGUGUGUUUGGGACAGUAGAAAAGCUUUGAGGGUGCUUUUUGAUUCAUCGGGUUGUAAAUAUGUUUUCAUAACGUUUUUGAUAAUGUAUUGUAUAAUUCUGUAAAAGAAGAGCUGUAUAUAAGAUUUUAGAUAAAGUGUUGACACCUAUAUUAAUUUAUUUGUAUGAAGAAAGCACUGUUUUUCCCUGAUUGUUUCAAAUCAGUUAUCCACCAAAGUGGUUUGUUUAGUUUUUGUUGUUUCUUGCUGUGCAUCGUUUAGCAUCAUUUUUGUAUGAAAACCUUCUUGUUUUAUGUUAGCCUUCAUAAAAGAUUAAGAUGCCCCACAUUCUUCACCCAGAAAGGAAAAAAAGUCCACAUCUGUUAAAGAUUUUUAAACCUUAACCUUCAGUGAGAAGAUUGCUUUGUAUUUAUUUGUGCCUUUUUUUGUUUACUCAUAUUAAUCUUGUGUUUUUCCAUAAAAAGAAAAAGGAUCAGCCAGUUGCUGCACAUCUAACGAUGGACUGUAUUAAGGACAAGCUGGUUCCAUGUUUUAAUUUUCUUAAUUAGUUUUGAAUAUCUCUUUUUCUUGUUACAUAAAAUCUGACAAAAACAA